AUGAAAGAAUUAAAAGAUGAAAUGUAAAUAGUUUAAUUUGAAAAUCAAUUAAUAGAUAAAUAAUUGUUAAGAUCAAACUAUUUCAUUCUAGUUAAUAUAUUGAUGGUGUUGAAAUUUACCAAUAUGAAGAUUGUUAGGAAUGUAUCCGAAACUUCUUUUAUUCUACUGGAUUUGAUUAUAAUUAAUAAAAAUUCAAUUGACUUGUUCAUGAGGUCAUCUAAAUUUAAUUAUUGAUUAGUCAAAAUAUUAAUGAAACAUAAACAAAGGAUUUAAUUGUAAUCAAUGUUAAAGUGAGUAAUCACAUAAUUGUUAAAGUUAAAGAUAGAAGAAUUUGUAUAAAUAAUAUAUAUAUAAUUAGAAUCUGGAUAAAAUUAUGAUUAAAUUAAGUAUUAAUGA